AUGGCUGACGCCGACUACAACCCCGAGGAGGCCGCAGAGCUCAAGAAGAAGAGAACGUUCCGAAAGUUUUCCUACAGAGGCAUUGAUCUUGACCAGCUUCUCGACAUCCCCUCCAACGAACUUCUCACUGUCCUCCAUGCCCGCGCCCGUCGCCGGUUCAACCGAGGCCUUAAGCGCCGCCCGAUGGGUCUGAUCAAGAAAUUGCGAAAGGCCAAGCAGAACGCAAAGCCCAACGAGAAGCCCGACUUGGUCAAGACACAUCUGCGAGACAUGAUCAUUGUGCCCGAGAUGAUUGGCAGCGUCAUCGGCAUCUACAGCGGCAAGGAGUUCAACCAGGUCGAAAUCAAGCCCGAGAUGGUCGGCCACUACCUCGGCGAAUUCUCCAUCUCAUACAAGCCUGUCAAGCACGGUAGACCCGGUAUCGGUGCCACCCAUUCUUCAAGAUUCAUUCCGUUGAAGUAA